CCCUCCGCGCCCCUCCGCGCCCCGCCCCGGCACGGCUCCCGCCGGGGACGGCGUUGGCGGAGGACCUGUGAUGAUCAGCUGAGCCCGCGCCUCCCGCUCCUCCGGCUGCCCCGGCCGCCUCCUCCUCCUCCUCCUCCUCCGCCUCUUCCUCCCGCCGCCGCCCGGUGCCGCCGCCCGGUGCCCCCCAGCGCGCCCCGCACCGCGCCCCGCCGAGCCGAGCCGCCCGCCCGGCCGAAGCAUGUCCAAGCCCAGCGACCACAUCAAGCGCCCCAUGAACGCCUUCAUGGUGUGGUCCCGCGGCCAGCGGCGCAAGAUGGCCCAGGAGAACCCCAAAAUGCACAACUCGGAGAUUAGCAAGCGGCUGGGCGCGGAGUGGAAGCUGCUCUCCGAGGCGGAGAAGCGCCCCUACAUCGACGAGGCCAAGCGGCUGCGGGCGCAGCACAUGAAGGAGCAUCCCGACUACAAGUACAGACCCCGGCGCAAGCCCAAGAACCUGCUGAAAAAGGACAGCCAGUUCAGCUCCAGCGCCAUUCAGAAGAUGACUGAGGUUCCUCACACCUUAGCCACCAGCACCCUGCCCUACGCCUCCACCUUGGGAUACCAGAACGGGGCGUUCGGCAGCUUGAGCUGCCCCAGCCAACACACCCACACUCACCCCUCGCCAACUAACCCGGGCUAUGUCGUGCCAUGUAACUGUACAGCUUGGUCGGCUUCCAGUUUGCAGCCUCCAGUUGCCUACAUAUUAUUCCCGGGCAUGACCAAGACUGGGAUAGACCCCUAUUCUUCAGCACAUGCGACUGCUAUGUAACACCCACCCACACCCCCACAGGCGUCCCCCCGCCCCGAGCGAGGCUUGGGUUGCAGCCGGAACUGGGAUUCAUUCAUGUGCAUGUACAUAAAACCCGCAGAAGCAAAAGGCCACCCGAACACAGGACUCUGCCGCCCGCCACCGCGCCGGGACAGCCGCGGACGCUGCCUCGGGGAUGCUCCCGGAGAUGCUCUCGCCCAAACCCGGCCCUCGCCCCGAGAGCUGUCUCCAGGCUCGGGGGGGGAAUCUGCAGCCGCGGGGGCGGAUGGCAGCCCGGCGCUUAUAAGAGUUGUAAAUGUGUUUAAAAAAAUCCCGGAAAAAAAAAAAAAGCGAAAAAAAAAAAAAGCGAAAGAAAAGCGAACCUUGAACUGCCCCUUUGGGACAAAGCGGGGAAAUAUAAGAGAGAGAGAGGCGGUUUCGAUUUUUAUUUAUUCUCUUAAUGUCUAUGAGUUCUCCAGGGUCCCAUGUCACUUGGACUUGACUUUGGGAAGUCCCGGUGUUACUAUGAUUUUUUGUUUUGUUUUCCUUUUGCACAUUGAAAGACGAGAUCAGCUGUGUUAUAUAUAUAAAUAUAUAUAUAUUUUGCCACCACGCACUACUAGGUAAAAAAUGCUUUUCAUGUCAGAAAAAAGGCUCUUCGAAGUUAAAAGAACAAAAAAAAGAGGGGGAGAAACAUUUAUAUUUAAAACAUAUGAUAGUGUUUGCUUAAUUUAAAACAGAUAGUCCUUAAAUUUGUGUGAUCCAGUGAGACUAGAUCUAAGUUUACUUUAGACAGAGCGUCAGGUAUGAAGUCAGGCAGUAGAAUUGUAAAAAAAAAUUACUACUACUACUACUAAUAAUAAUAACGAAAAACCGAAUAAGAAGCGACGGUCAUUUAAAUAUGUUUUCGCGAUGUCUUGGGAAGAAAAAAGAAAACGUGUAUCCGGCAGGAUUUUACCUCGUUAAACCUUUUCAUUUGUUGAACAAAGCCGUUUUGAAUAAAGACAAUCUGUCGUUAAACGAGGCCACUGCGUGGUGUGAG